AUGCAUGAGUACGCGAGGCGAGCAGUGCGCGCGCGCUUUUUCACAUCCUCGCCUCGCGAUUGCGACUCACUGGAAUAUCUUUCUUUUUCUAUCGCUUUGCUUGACAGACGUAUUAUAGCCUCUGUAAUGGGUUCCAGUAUCUGGCGGCAUUGCUUCAACAUUGUCCAAAAAUCUUCAUCUAAUAAUAUUGAUUUAUCUUCCAGAGGCAGAAGUUUGAAAGAAGAUCAAGUUAUACAAUUGCUGGGCGAUGGAAACUUCUCCGACAUCGAAGAUUUUGAGGACGACGACGACGAAAUCCAACCCAGCACUUUCGAAAAUCUUCAGUUGGAUGAUCCAGAGCCUGAACCACAGCCGUCUGUAGCACCGGAGCCGGAACCGAUGCAAGAUACUCCUGGACCAUCACAACUAACUCCGCGCCCUCGAUCUUUACGGCCACCUUCUCGAAAGAGAGUUUGGAAGCAGAAAAUUUUGUAUUAUGUUGCCAAAGGCACGAAUUAA